UACAAAAAUUGUUUAAAUUUUUUUAAAUGCCAUACAACACAUAAAAAUUGAUUUUAUUUUAUAAAUAAAUCAAUUGUAUUGAACAUUUUAACCAAAUUAGCAGUGCAAUGGGCAAAACGAUAUUUGUUGAUGUGGAACAUUGUGGCUUAUGUGCAGCACAUGCGCGUCAGUGCAGAUCGCUACAGAAAUACAUAAUGAAUGAACAGCCCGAUACGGAUUUAGUAUGCCGCACAGGUCGGCGUGGUUCUUUUGAAGUGGUCAUAAACGGCAUGUUAGUUCACUCGAAAUUGCAGACACAAGCCUUCCCAUCACAGGAUGAUAUAUUGAAGAGAGUAAAAAAUGUGCAUGCAGGUUUGCCCCCCAAUUAUGUGAGACCAGAAACCACCUGCACGUUAAUGUAAAAACGCUUCCAUGUUGUCAUCAGCUGUUGUGACUAGCUGCACCAUAAGAGAUAAUUAAAUUGUAGAAGUAUCGAUUAACACAAUAUACAAUCGGAAGCAGUUAUCAACAGCCUUUAAUUUAUCAAACCUUCACUGGUUAUCUGCUCUACGUAUUCAAUAUUGUGAAAUUUAUAAAAAUUUAAAAAGUUUAAACAAAAGUGAAAUAAUUAAUCAAAUAAACAUGGAUAAGUGGAUACGUGAACGUUUGAAAAACUGUCUGGACUUCGAGGUGCCUGAUGAUAUGA